AGUAACCUUUAUUGACGGCAUGGUGGUGCGUUUGCGCCUCCUGUCUAGAACGAGAGGUGUGACGACACUUUACUUUUCGCAUUUCAAGGUUUGGUGUCGGUGUUGGGCUCGACUAAAGCGUUUUAGCGAGGCGGAGAGCUUCUUAGCGCCAAUAUGCUGAAUAUGUGGAAGGUUCGGGAGCUGGUUGACAAAGCAACCAAUGUGGUGAUGAACUACUCCGAGGUGGAGUCUAAAGUCAGAGAGGCCACCAAUGAUGACCCCUGGGGACCACCAGGACAACUGAUGAGUGAAAUUUCAAGAGCAACCUUCAUGUACGAGCAGUUCCCAGAGGUGAUGAACAUGCUGUGGAUCCGCAUGCUGAGAGACAACAAGAAGAACUGGAGGAGAGUCUACAAGUCCCUACUGCUGCUUGCUCAUCUAAUCAGGAAUGGAUCAGAGCGGGUUGUCACUAGUGCCAGAGAACAUCUCUAUGACCUGAGAUCACUAGAAAGCUACCACUUUGUCGACGAACAUGGGAAGGACCAAGGAGUGAAUGUGCGCCAGAAGGUGAAGGAGAUGGUGGAGUUUGUCCAGGAUGAUGAAAGGCUGAGGGAAGAGAGGAAGAAGGCCAAGAAAAACAAAGAUAAAUAUGUUGGUGUGUCUUCUGACAGUAGAGGAUACAGAGGUUACUCGGGGGACAGGUAUGACUCCAGUGAAAGCCGCAACCGGUGGGAUGAUGACUGGGAGAACAACAAAGGGCAGUUCCCUUUCAGCGAUAAGUUGGGAGAGAUCAGUGACAAGAUUGGAAGCACCAUUGACGAUACUAUCAGCAAGUUUAGGAAGAAGGACAGAGACGACUCACCAGACCGAUUUAGUGACACUGAGGAGGAGCGAGGUCGUUCGUCUCAGAAUGGCAAAUCAAGCAAAGAGUUCAAAGAUGAAGAAGAGACUGUUACCACUAAGAGUGUACAAAUAGUCCAAGCAACAGAGACUACAGCCACCCGCAAGAGAGGUGGUGUCCCAUCAAAGAAAGUGGACUUGGGGGCAGCGGCCCAGUACACAGGAGAGAAGAGUCCAAACGCCACUACCGAACAGCCCCAAUCAACAGCAACACAGUCCUCGAGUAGUGGACUAGUUGACUUACUAAUGGUGGACUCAACACCUUCACAGCCUGCUUCCACAGACUUGAGUGGAUUUGCCGACUUCUCUUCACCUGCUGCUUCAGCCGGCCUUUCCGCAGGAUCUGCUGCACAAGUCUCCAGCAAAAACGGAGACUUUGGAGAGUGGAAUGCGUUCCCUGGUGGCCAGAUGCCAGCAUCUGCUCAGCCUGUAGACGUCAGUGGAAAUGACCUUUUUGGAGCCAUGAGAGCAGCUCCUGCUCUCACCACUGCCCCAGUCGCCGCUGCAGGCUCCAGUUCGUCCUCAGCAGAUCUAUUUGACUUGAUGGGGCCAACUCAGACAUUUACUUCCUCUCAGAGCCUCAACUUCAGCAUGAAUAGUACACAGACCAUGAACACGGGCGUGCCUCAGUCGAAGUCACAGCCCCUCCAGAACUUUGGGGCGCCUCUACAACCGCAGACUGCUCAGCAGGGAGUCAUUUCUCAGGGUGCUGCAGCCAAAGCAUCGCUCCCUUCCACCUGGUCAGACCACUCGGUGAACAUCAGCCUUGACUUUUUGGGACCUGGCAUGCAGGCACCCAAGCAGAGUCAACCAACCCUCAACACACUUCAACAAGGCAACCAAGCCACUGCCAACAUGCUGUCCCAGGGAUUUUCUACAAUGAGCAUUGGACCCUCUGCAGUCAGACCGCCUGUCAACACUAUGAUGCACCCCGCUGCUGGAAUAGGAAUGGCGUCCAACCCUGGCAUGAUGGCAAUGGGCAUGACCCCCAACCAGGCAAUGAUGGGGAUGUCAAUGGCUUCCAACCAGGGCCUGAUGGGUAUGGGAAUGGGCAUGAACAUGGGAGGGAUGACGAUGGCAAUGCCUAGUGCCAUGGGAAUGGGAAUGAACCCCGCAAUGGUUCAGCAGUCCAAACAAGACGCCUUCGCUGACUUUGGUAACUUUGGGAAGUGAUGGAGAGCCGAGAUGAGCUGAGUGGCUAGUGGUGAAGGAUUGUUUUGAGCUUCAAACAAAGAGUACUUGAAUAAUGUCAACUCUCACAAUACCAACACAUUGCAAUCUCUUUAUUUUAAACAAAUAAUGCUGUGUAGUGAAAUGGAUCUAAAUGGAUUGUGUGUGUGUGUGUGUGUGUGUGUGUGUGUGUGUGUGGUUGAACCAAUGAUCGGUGCAGUCUUCAGACAGCUACUGUAAAUUGUGUGCCUUGCUGGUCAUGAAUGUCAGGUGUGCUUGCUUUUAUAACCUCAAUCAACUGAAAUCAGCAGAAUAGCAAAAAUGUAUAUACAUGUGUAUCGGUAGAUGCAUCACUUUUUGAGAUGCCUCCUAUUGAAUGAUGACCUUGGAGAAUAUGAUCAGCCAUUUUAACUUUUUAAUCUAUCGAGUUACCUCUCAUUUUGUCCUGUCUUCCUUUAGCCUGUAAGUAGAAAUGUACAUCUCCAUCCUCGAAGUUAGAAAGAACACGGUGAUGGGGGGUAACAAUGUUAACAGUUAGGUCAUCGACACAAAAGUGAUUCAAAUUAACAGCAAAUUGUUAACUUCACACGCCAUAAUCAUCAUUGGGUGCAGAAAGCAGUCUUUCACAACCAGACCAUCCUUUCUUAUUGGUACAAUAUUGUGGUUCUUCUCUUGCUGGUGUACAUCUAUAAAUUACUUCUGAAGAAAAGUAUAAUCACUUGGCAUGCAGAUAAAAUAAUCAGUACUUGGAGAAUGUUUUUUUGUUGUUUGUUUGUUUUUUAAACACCCCCACCCUCCAAGUACAACCCAGAGUGCCUGGAUGACCUUUGCCUUUUUGCUUCAGUUAACUUCCAUAAAGGAGACAAUGUGACCACGCAGUGUUGAAGGCAGCAACCACACCAUGUACAAAUACUGUACGUUUGUACUCGUGCCUCAAGCCAAGUAAACUGUCUGUACACAAACCAGGCAGUCGUCUUAAUUACUUCACUUUUGCUGUUUGUUUGUCCCUUUAACAUCUUUACUUCCUCACUUUAGUUGUGUAAUUCUGUUGGUGCAGCCUCUAUGCCGAUUGCAUCACAUUUGUGUUUUCUUUUUUCACAUUUACAACGGCUCACAUGCAGUAUUUGUCAGUUUGUGUGGAUGUGCGUGCGUGCAUUUCCCAUAUGACUUAGCAAGUGUCGUGAAAGAUAAGCGAGAGGACUAACUGGUGCUGAUCUGUUAGAUGCACAUACAAAGCACUGCUCCUCGCUGGAUCAAGUGCCUCCUGACCCUUUUAACUGUAAUAUUACAUAAAUCAUGGGUGCCUGAGAUAUAUAUAUUUUUUUGGUUUGCCAAUGAUGUUAUCACACACACCAACUCCAAGGAAGUGGAUCCUGCAGCCUCAGGGCGCUCACCCUGAUACAGUGUAGCCUUUUAUUGAAGUCUGGAGCAUUACAAUGACCAAAAUCUGUUUUAUGAAGGUUUAUUUUUUUUACUUUUCAUCUCAAAAUAAAAAUGCGGUUGUUACUGAAACACUAGUAUGCAAAUAUUUAAAAAAACAUAUUUUGAGAAUUUUUGCAUUAUUCCCAUUUUGAUUUACACAGCAAUAUUGUUUAUUUACAACAUUAAACUGUUGAUUGAAAUGA